CGUCUGUACCUCUAUUCCUGCUCCACUAGCCCAAUCAUGGACCUCGCAGCGAGGUGUGCGUUCCUGCUCUCCAGCUUCGCCGUGCUCGCAGCGCUCGAUUUGGACGCGAUUGAUCCCGGCUACUAUGUGGAGACCAGCAGCCCAUCAGAUGUGAUCGACUACAAAGAUCCCUGCAAAGCUGUUGCUUAUCUCGGGGACAUUGCACUGGAUGAGGAAGAUAUGCGCAUGUUUAAAGUGGACCGCAUUGUGAAUUUAGCUGAGAGAACGGUCACAAUUCUGAAUCACACAGAUGCGGGUUCACUUUCCAAUGAGACGAAUACAAACAAUACAGUGUCCAGUCGGGGCUCCUAUCGCAGGAAGAGGGCAGCGACGUCCAGACCUGAGAGGGUGUGGCCCGAGGGCGUCAUUCCUUACGUCAUCAGCGGAAACUUCAGUGGAAGCCAGAGAGCCAUAUUCAGACAGGCCAUGAGACACUGGGAAAAACAUACAUGUGUGACGUUCAUUGAGAGAACAGUAGAGGAGAGCUACAUCGUCUUCACCUACCGGCCGUGUGGGUGCUGUUCGUAUGUGGGCCGGAGAGGAGGGGGUCCGCAGGCCAUAUCCAUCGGGAAGAACUGUGAUAAGUUUGGGAUUGUGGUGCAUGAGCUCGGUCACGUGAUCGGAUUCUGGCACGAGCACACGCGACCCGACAGAGACGAUCAUGUCAGUAUCAUACGGGACAACAUUCAGCCAGGACAGGAGUACAACUUCCUGAAGAUGGAGCCUGGUGAGGUGGACUCACUCGGAGAGGUCUAUGACUUUGACAGCAUCAUGCACUAUGCAAGAAACACUUUUUCUAGAGGGAUAUUUUUGGACACCAUUCUGCCCCGAUAUGAUGUGAACGGAGUUCGGCCGCCCAUCGGUCAGAGGACCAGAUUGAGCAAAGGAGAUAUCGCACAGGCACGCAAACUUUACAAGUGUCCAAGAUGUGGAGAUAGUUUGCAGGAGAGCAGUGGGAACCUCUCUUCUCCUGGUUUUCCAAAUGGUUAUUCAGCAUAUAUGCACUGCAUAUGGAGAAUUUCAGUCACACCAGGAGAAAAGAUCAUUCUGAACUUUACAUCUAUGGAUUUAUACCGGAGUCAUUUGUGCUGGUAUGAUCAUGUGGAGAUCAGAGAUGGAUAUUGGAGGAAAGCACCAUUGAAAGGUCGAUUUUGUGGGGAUAAAUUACCUGAGCCAAUCAUCUCUACAGACAGUCGCCUGUGGAUUGAGUUUCGCAGUAGCAGCAACUGGGUGGGAAAAGGCUUCUCUGCUGUUUAUGAAGCUAUUUGCGGUGGGGAAGUGAAGAAAGACAAUGGUCAAAUUCAGUCUCCGAAUUACCCAGAUGACUACAGACCUAACAAAGUGUGUGUGUGGAAGGUCACUGUGGCUCAGGGUUACCAUGUAGGCCUUACCUUCCAGUCUUUUGAGAUCGAGAGGCACGAUAACUGCGCGUACGACUACCUGGAGGUUCGAGAUGGGAACUCAGAAAGCAGCCCACUGUUGGGCAGAUUCUGUGGUUAUGAUAAACCUGAUGAUAUUAAAUCCAGUUCCAACCAGCUCUGGAUGAAGUUUGUGUCUGACGGUUCUGUCAACAAGGCUGGAUUCGCUGCAAAUUUCUUCAAAGAAAUGGAUGAGUGCUCCAGACCCGACAACGGUCGCUGUGAACAGCGCUGUGUCAACACACUCGGUAGUUACAAGUGCGCCUGUGACCCUGGGUACGAACUGGCGGCGGACAAACGGAGUUGCGAAGCUGCCUGUGGUGGUUUCAUCACCAAGCUGAAUGGGUCCAUCACCAGUCCAGGCUGGCCCAAAGAGUAUCCGCCCAACAAGAACUGCAUCUGGCAGCUGGUGGCGCCCACGCAGUACCGCAUCACGCUACUCUUCGACGUCUUUGAGACUGAGGGGAACGAUGUGUGCAAGUAUGACUUUGUUGAGGUGAGGAGCGGUCUGUCUGCUGACUCCAGGCUGCAUGGGAAAUUCUGCGGAGCUGAGAAACCGGAGGCCAUCACCUCUCAGUACAACAACAUGCGCAUUGAAUUUAAAUCUGACAACACCGUCUCUAAAAAAGGCUUUAAGGCACAGUUCUUCUCAGAUAAAGACGAGUGCUCUAAGGAGAACGGCGGAUGUCAGCAUGAAUGUGUGAACACCUUUGGCAGCUACAGUUGUCAGUGCAGAAGUGGCUUCGUUCUGCAUGAAAACAAACAUGACUGCAAGGAAGCCGGCUGUGAUCACGUUGUGAACAGCGUGAGCGGGACCAUCACCAGCCCCAACUGGCCAGAUAAAUACCCCAGUAAGAAGGCCUGCACCUGGGCUCUCUCCACCACCCCAGGACAUCGGAUCAAAAUAGCUUUCAAUGAAAUCGACAUGGAGCCUCACCUGGAAUGUGCUUAUGACCACAUUGAGAUUUACGACGGUCGGGAUGGGAAGGCACCCAGCCUCGGACGAUACUGCGGCACCAAGAAACCUCAACCGAUCAUAUCCACUGGCAACAAGAUGUUCAUCCGCUUCUUCUCUGAUAACUCAGUGCAGAAGAAAGGCUUCGAGGCUUCCCAUACUGCAGAGUGCGGAGGCCGUCUGAAAGCAGAGGUAAAAACUAAAGACCUCUACUCUCAUGCCCAGUUUGGUGAUAAUAACUACCCCGGGGCGUCAGACUGUCAGUGGGUGAUCACAGCAGAGAAGGGCUACGGCGUGGAGCUCAUCUUCCAGACCUUCGAAAUCGAGGAGGAGGCCGACUGUGGCUAUGAUUACAUGGAGCUGUUUGAUGGGGCAGACACCAAAUCACCCAGACUAGGCCGCUACUGUGGAUCCGGGCCUCCAGAAGAGAUCUACUCCGCCGGGGACUCAAUUGUCAUCAAAUUCCGCUCAGACGACACCAUCAACAAGAAGGGCUUCCACGUGCGUUACACCAGCACCAAGUUCCAGGACACACUCCACUCCCGUAAAAAAGUGACCCCUAGUGGCCGGGAGGGGCCGUGCAGGGCCUAGGGGGAAGCGAAAGGGCCCCAGAGGGAGGGUCUCGCCCAUCGCUCGGAGCCCCCCGGCCACCAAGAACACCCGACGGACCAGCCGCAAGAACGCCAACCGCACCUCAGUAGUUCACAGGGGUUCUGGCAUCCCCUACUGACUGUGAGGAGUAAAGCCAUUCCGCAGUAGACCUUGUUUUUACCUUUUUUUUAAUUAUUACGUUUGGGGCAAGAUGUGGAGGGGAGGGGGGUGGAAUGUAUUCACUUGCUGGAUACCAAUAUAGGGCCGAAAUCGAAAAGGGGAGGGUGGGAAGGGUGGGAAGGGUGGGCGUAGCUGAUCGGAUACUGGAACCCCCCCCUUUUUCCACCUUUCAUGAGCCGAGAGUGCGUUGAAAAACAAAUACACUGAGGAACUCCUGCAGGAGAACCGAGCAAACUCAACAAACCAGUCAUCUGUGCAACAGUGGGAUAGAGGAAGUGAGAAAUGAGUGAAGCAGGGGCAUUCAGGAACAGAGUUCCUUGCAUGCUUUCCAACCUUGAAAUGUGAGAUUUACCGCUCCACUGUGGAGAAACCGUCUCUUCUUGACAUUAUUGGCAUUGCUUGUUCAUAAAGAGUCUCAUUGGCCAUUGUGGGCUGGUUUUCUCUGUCGUUACUUGAGCAAAUGACACUGUAUGUCAAAGAGAUGCAUGUGGUACAGCUAGAAGGAAAUGUGGACGUAAUGGCACCAGCAUUUGUAAUAACUCGUUCUUUUCUGGCCAGUAGUCCAAACGGUUCCCUGCCCGAAAUUAUCACUCUCCAGGAGGUUUUCCAGAAUCAGUUAUCAUAUUAAAAGACUAAUAAACAAAAUGUGGCCCAUGUCUGAUGGCUGUUAAUUGCUCUUGCAUAAAAACAGGAUGGUAUGGUGGAAAAUGUUAGAUUAAGCACACACUUUUUUUCAAGGUCUUGAUAAUGUGGUGCUGUCCUCGUAACACUCUGUGCUUGGCCAAUCAUGAACAAAUUAGACAAAAUUGCAUGAAAAUUGGUGGGCCCUCUUGUGUCCUGAUAUCCCACCGCUGUUUUCUUUUAUCCUGUUUUCCCUCUUUUUCAGGCUUUUUCCUCACAGUCCAUGACCAAAAGUCUAGCAUCAUAGUUUGAUAGCUGUGUAUAUGGACCUUAAUCAGGGUAGACAUGUAAAAAAUGACUUUCUUUCUUCUGCGAAACACAAAAGAAGCCAUUUGGAAGAACAUUUUUGUCCAUACAAUAAAUGCCACUGGGGUCCAACACAACAUAAUGUUGGACCCCACUGAGUUUUGUUGAAUGGACAACAAAAUAAACCCUCAAACGUUCUUCAAGAUGUCUUUUUUGUUGUGCAAAAGAAAGAAAGGGUUUGUAAUGACAUGAGGGUGAGUAAAUGAUGGCAGAACUGUAGGACCUAAAACCUUGUUUUCAUUCACGUCAGAUUACAUACGGCGUCUACUCUGACUGAGGUCCAUUUUCUGCGCGCCCAAUACGGUUUUGAGUUAAAACCUGAAAAGUACUGUCCUUUUUAGCAAUCCUCAGAUGCCCUAUUCUUAGGUAGAUCUUGCUCUUACACCGUUAGCUAUGGGAAAAGUGUUAAAACUGUGUAAAAUGUUCGUUUGUACCAAUAACGUACCUCAGCGUGUGGGAGAGUGGUGGGAUGGUGCUAUUUCAAAUGAGCCCUGCGCCCUAGUAAUUUCAGCCACUUGAAACCGCUCUUUCUCCAUUGAUGUCCAAAGUCAGUUGGGAAAAGAGCAUGUUUGAUGUCAAAUCUGUGUGGAACAGUGCUGAAUAGUGUGAUCUCCAGGGUUGAUCAUUUGAUCUGAAGUGUUAGCGCACUCCAUUUCCAAGAUCAUCCCUGUGAAGUACGCGGUCCGCAUCGCUGCUCCCUACCUCUCUCUCAUGCUUUCUGUCUCCUGCAGAACUCCUUCAAAGGCUGUUGACUUGGUCUCCUCUGUUUCAACCGCUCUUUUCAUCAUACAAUAUCAUUUCACACCUGUUUGCCUUUGUGGAUUUACCUAAAGCUCUUUUAAAUCUCAGGUUCAGGAUAUCUGAUUGUUGUUACCCAACCAUUUCAAGACGACACUAGAUUUUAAUCGCCGCAGGACUUGGCGACUGUUUGACUUGGAUGUGUGAAAUCCAGGAAGGCAAAUGAUAAGGAUUCCGGGAGAGAUUUUGGGGGUUUAUAAGGUUUUAGACGUUUCUGCAAUGCCUUCCAUCUGAACUUUGAAUCGGUUCAACUCAAGCCACGUGUGCUGUGACCAAACAAGUUGCUCGAUAUACGUUCUCGCACACUUACGAUCGACUAACUUCUAUCCUAGUUCUUCAAAUGGAUUUGAUUUUGUGUGUCUAAGAUACCCAAUUUAGCAUCUCUGUAUUUGAAUAUGCUUCCUAGCAUAGCUUUUUAGAGUAGUGGAGCACUUGUACAUUUUGCUAAUCGAAGCACAUCCUCCUAAGCAUUAUUAAUGUUUUUAAUGCCCAUGUUAUUUCUUGUUAGAAAUAGAGUGUUUUUGUGGGCGAACGCGGGCUUCAAAUGAUCUGUUUUAGCACAUUUCUGAAAUGUUACCUCAGCAUAAUAGUGUAUGCUUGAUUUAUUCACCCUGACCGGCCUUCCCACACAAGACUUGGUACAUGUUUAUGCAUUUUAUCAUAUGUAUGUAUGUAAAUAUGUAUUAAUGUAUUCAAAGUACACUAAACCAUAGAUAACUUGAUGAGAACUUAGGCUAUGUGUAAUUGCAGACAAAAGAUGCAAUUUAUUUAUAUUGUAUAGCUAAUUUUCACCUAUGUAUUGCACAUAGUGUUAACAAGUGCAUCAAUUUCAUAAAAUGUUAUUUUCAUUUUGAAA